UUGUGAAAGGAGGUAUCAAGAUGCGCUGGGAGGUGAACCAGCAUCAUGUCAGGAAGUUAUCGAGAAUAUGGACGGGAUGGAGAUCGAGACCGACGCGGAGAAGCUAUCCGCAAUGAAGAUCAAGACAGAGGACGUGAUGAUAGAUUGGACCAAAGACCGGAGUACGGUAGGGAGCACCGAGCAUCCUCAAGAGAGGCACCAAGACGUUUUGUUCCCGUUUGCUACGAGUGCGGAGAGCCCGGGCACUAUCGCAAUCAAUGUCCGCGACUUAGUGGUGAGGGCAGUUCCCGAUUUCCAUCACGGAAUCGAUCGACAUCACCAAGGAACUAUCCAAGACAUCCAGAUAGGAGACCGACUUGUGAUGAACCUGUACUAAAGAAGCAAUUUGAGGAUCUAUCAAGUACCGUCGCUAUGUUGAAAGAAUUCGUCGAAAGGGAGAACGCAAGAAGGGAGGAGAAGGAGAGGCGAAAACAGGAAAAGGCGGAGCGUAGGAAGCAUGAGGAGGAAGCAAAAGCGGAGGCGGAACGUUUGGAAAUGAUGAAAAAGCUUGAGGCUGAACGUCGUGAAAACGAGAAGAAGACGAAAACGAUGAGGUUGGCGGAACAAAAGGAACAGAUGAAAAAAGAGGUGAUCUCGACAGUAUCGGUGCACAUGGGUGGUUUGCGAGAAGAGCUCAAGUACCAUAUGGACAGACGCCUGGAGGAGCUAGUCAAGCUUAAGGGAAAGGCUAAAAAGCAAUCGCCCAACACUGGACAAUCAUCCGAUGAUGAGUACGAGUCAUCCGAGAGUGAAGUUGAAGCUCUUAGUGAGAAGACCGGACACCUAACUAUUGGAGGGAAGAGACGACGUGGACCUGAGAAAGCGAUUGGCGACAGCCCGCCAAUGGAAUCGCCUGCCAAACGCACCUUGAAGAAGCCAGGAGGGAGUUAUGCAAGAACCACGGGACGGCUGCUGGGCUGUAAACCGAUCCCUAUGAAGAACUCGCCAACGAGGAAAACUCUGAGAAAGACCUCGACGAAGAAGGUGAGGAAGAUACCGGCUACUAUCGGCCCCAUGGGCCGAGUUCGGUAUAUGAAAGAUAACCUCUGAGAGUUGGGAGAACUGACCGUGGAGGAUCUGAAGAAGAUCUGCCGAGAUGAAAACGUGGCGUAUGAAGGAUUGAAGAAAAUAAACACCAUCCUGGCUAUCACUGAAAAGAGAACGCAUGAGGCUUACGGAUCAGCGGACGACGAAGCUCCCGAGGAGGUGAAUACAAAAACUACGUAUGAAGAAGACCAAACGGCGACCACUGAUGACGACGCUGCUACAGGUGAGAAAUGACGAGGAUGGACAAAUAAGGAAUUAUGAGCGAUCUGUCACUGCAUAAUUGAUCUCGGGGUUAAGGGAUUGAACGACAAUGAACUUGAUAUUUUGUA